CAAGAGAUAGCAGUUUUUCACGAAUUUUUGUCUCUUCGACGACACGAAACUAGCGUAGCAGAAGAAUAGCGUAGUAGAUCCCCGAGUGUAAAGCUUCUUGUAUAUAUUUUGCUUGGCGGUGGCGACGCGAAAUCCGCCUCUACUACCGCGCUUCGUAAUAUCGCUGUUGCAGUUGGAGCGAACGAACCUGCAAUUUACCGUUAUUCCCGAUGAGUCAUUCAAACAGCUAGAACUUUUCUUCGAAAGCAAUAGAUCGCGUAGCGACAGAGAGGAACGAACGCGAGAACCUAACCUUAAAUCUGUAUAUACGUGAUAGAUUUUCGCGUUACAUAUCGACCCGCCUUAAGCUGCGGUCUCGUUUCGAGCAGUGUUUUUUUUUUUCAACGAGACGAAUUUUCAUAUGGUACAAAGUUAAACAAAAGUCCGCUCUAAUCGCGGUCUGGCGCAUCUUUCUUCUUGUUACAGACAGAGAAAUAGAGAGAAAGAGAGAAAGAUAGAGAGUGAGAAAUAGAGAGAAAGAGAGAGAGAGAGAGAGAGAGAGAGAGAGAGGGAGAGAAAAAGAGAAAAAUAGAGUGAUCACUGAAGGAAGAGUCGAACGCGGGAGGAGGGUAAGGGGAAGAACCGAGAACGGGGGAUAUUGUUGGAGAAUGGCGGCAGGAACGUGUCAAUUGGUCUGAAGAGAAACCUAAAGGGACGCGCGAGAAUGGUGCUGGUGGUGAACGGGGUCCUGCAAGAGGACAUUCCAACCGAUAGCAGAUCCCUCUACGCAGCCCACCCGGUAUAUCGCGAAACAGCGGCACAACUUCAUUCGAUGCCGGCGAAAUUGGUCGGGCCUAUGGGUCUUCUUUACGUACAACAACGGGAAAUGGCCGCUACUCUGCCACAGGAUAAAAACGUGAGCAUUAUCGGCUCGGACGAUGUGACUACCUGUAUAAUUGUCGUUGUGAGGCAUUCCGGUUCCGGUGCCGCGGCGUUGGCGCAUCUCGACGGAGCCGGCACAGAAGAUGCAGCAGCGGCGAUGGUACAGAGGGUAACCGAGCUCGGUCUUGGAUAUCCAGAGGGUCGUCUAGAGCUGCAACUUGUCGGCGGUUAUUCCGACCCGAGGAAUUACUCCGAAGAACUCUUCUGCAAUAUUCUUUCGGCAUUUCACAAGCAACCGGUAGAGAUCGAUCUGACUCUGUGUUGCGUGGGCGAGUUGAACACUACCGUUAGAGGUGGCAUUCAUUGGCCGCUAAUAUACGGCAUCGGUUUGAACGUGAAGACAGGCGAGAUUUUUCCUGCUACGUUCCCCGAUAAAGGGCCGGAUCAAGCGCUAAGAUGCGCCAGACAUUUGACCGGAGGUCAACAGGUACUGGACGUUUACGACUGCACACUUGGCUUACUCAGAAUCGGACCGUUCAACUAUGAUCCACUGAGGGGAGUCGAUCUUUGGCUAUCUCAGACCGACCAAUUUAUCCUGCAACAUCUUUCCACCGCGCCAGAAGUAGAACUUCCUCAUUUCGUGUCACAGGUACGGGCAACGCUCAAGUAUAUACAGGACAAUCAAUUUCCGGCCGUCACCGUGUUCCGGGAUAACAGACCUCAUUAUUAUCGCCGGGACGAAACCACUGGUAUUUGGCAACCCAUACGAUAUUAAUCGACCGGCUACAACUAUUCGUUCUUACUAAUCUACGAACGAGAAGACUACUCUAGACUUGUGCGAAAGCAAGAGAGAGAACAUACGACCGCGAAAUUUUCCUGGUGAUAUAAAGUCCAAAAAAAUAGAAUAACGAAUCGACGAGAAACCACCGUAGUAAAGUGGACCUACCAUGAUCGGCAUAUGCCUUACACGUUUUAUCUUAUCUGGUAUUGUUCGUGAAUAUGCGUUUCUUCCGAGUUUAUUAUUCCCAAAGGAAGGAUACGAUAUCGCUUUGAAACACGAUACACGAUAAUUGCCUUCCGGUAUACUAUACUGUACAAAUUAUUCUUUCAUCUGUAGCUCUAUUACUAUUUUUAUUAGCUAUUGCUGUGUUUAACAGUAGCACAAAUAGCAACAAAGUCGUAUAUCGUUUAGCGAACUCCGUUCGCGAUUCCUUUGAACGCGCAACGAUAAAAUGGUGAUUAAUUAAGCGAUCUUCCUUAGGACGACUAUCAUUUC